AUGAGGUUCUCGCACUUUUUCGGCCUUCUGGCCGCCUCUUCUACCGUGGUCUCGGCAGAGGACCUGACCGGCUACGAGUACAUCGUCGUCGGCUCCGGUGCCGGUGGUGGCCCUCUCGCGGCCCGCCUCGCCCUCGCUGGCAAGAAGACCCUCCUCAUCGAGGCCGGUGAUGACCAGUCGGCGAACGAGAACUACACCAUCCCGGCCUACAACGCCAAGGUCACCGAGGAUGAUGCCAUGUCCUGGGACUUCUUCGUCCGUCACUACGCCGACGACACCCAGCAGGCCCGUGACUUCAAGACCUCCUACGACACUCCCGAUGGCAGCGUCUACACCGGUCUCAGCCCGCCCGAGGGUUCCACGAUGAAGGGCACUCUGUACCCUCGCGCUGGAACUCUCGGAGGCUGCACUGCUCACAACGCCCUCAUCGCCGUCUACCCUCACAACUCCGACUUUGAGCACAUCGCCGAGAUCACCGGCGACGACUCUUGGUCCGCGGCCAACAUGCGCACCUACUUCGAGCGCAUGGAGAAGAACCAGUACCUUCUGCCCGCCCAGGAGGGCCACGGCUACGACGGCUGGCUCACCACCGAGACUGCGCCUCUCAGCAUCGUUCUCGAGGACCCCCAGCUUCUCAGCCUGCUUACCGGCGGUGCUUUCGCCCUGGGCAACCUGACCGACUCCAUCAUCAACCUCGCCACUCUCAUUGCCGGUGAUGCCAACUCCGCCUCCGACACCAGAGACACCUCCAUCGGCUACAACCAGAUCCCCAUCUCCACCAACGAGGCCCACCGCACUGGCUCUCGCGAGUUUGUCGUUGCUGUCCGUGACGCCAAGAACGCCGACGGCACCCAGAAGUACCCUCUCGAUGUCCGUCUGAACUGCCACGUCACCAAGGUUGUCUUCGACACCGAUGUCACUCCCCCCAAGGCCACCGGCGUUGAGUUCCUCGACGGCCAGUACCUCUACCGCGCCAGCCCUCGCUCCCGCAACGCCGGCGAGGGUGUCCAGGGCUCUGCCACCGCUUCCAAGGAGAUCAUCAUCUCCGGAGGAACCUACAACUCUCCCCAGAUCCUGAAGCUCAGCGGUGUCGGCCCCAAGGAGGAGCUCGAGAAGUUUAACAUCACCGUCGUCAAGGACCUCCCCGGUGUUGGCACCAACCUCCAGGACCACUACGAGAUCUCCGUCCAGGGCCGCACUCCCACCAACUUCACUGCUCUCGACGGCUGCACCUGGGGCUUCUACGGCCAGGACGACCCCUGCAUCACCCGCUGGGAGAACCCCAUCCUCGGCGACCACGGCCUCUACAGCUCUCCCGGCCUGGCUGCCACCAUGUUCUACAAGUCCACCACCACCGAGAACAACGAGUGGGAUGUCUUCACGUUCGGCGGCCCCGUCAACUUCCGCGGCUACUUCCCCGAGUACAGCUACAACGCCACCGUCAACCACGACUUCUUCACCUGGGCCAUCCUCAAGUCUCACCCCAGAAACACCGCCGGCGCCGUCACCCUCCGCUCCGCCGAUCCCCUCGACAUGCCUGACAUCCUCUACAACUACUUCGACUCCGGCGUCGGCGACUACGAUGCUGACCUUCAGGCCAUGGCCGAGGCCGUCGAGCUCGCCCGUGACGCUUUCACUCGCCAGCUCGUCCCUAUCACCGAGGAGCUGCCCGGCGCCGACGUCGUCGGUGUCGAUGCUGUCAAGCAGUACGUCAAGGACGCUGCCUGGGGCCACCACGCCUCUUCCACCUGCCCCAUCGGCGCCGACGACGACGCCAUGGCUGUCCUGGACUCCAGUUUCAGGGUCCGCGGCGUCGCGGGUCUCAGAGUUGUGGAUGCUUCCGUCUACCCUCGCAUCCCUGGUACCUUCACCGCCGUUUCCACUUACAUGGUCGGCGAGAAGGCCGCGGACGUCAUCCUCAGCCAGAACGAGUAA